AUGAAAGAUCGAAGUUUAGAUUUCUUGGAACAUGGAGCAGAUUUCGAAGCUGCGAUCUCAGCCACUGGGUUUGGCCGUUUCCACUUCUGUCUGUUGGCGAUCACUGGUCUUAUCUACGCUAACACGGCUAUUGGAAUUACUAUAAUAUCUUUCGUGCUGCCGGCGGCGACAUGCGACUUCCGAAUGACGUCAUCGGACAAGGGAUGGCUGACCGCAGCACCUAUGUUAGGUAUGGUGAUCGGGUCAUACUUCUGGGGUUGCUUGGCUGACACUAAGGGCCGUAAAUUGGUGCUGGUAUCAACCCUCCUGAUUGACGGUUUCGUCGGCAUCCUCUCGUCUUUCGUCCAGAUUUUACCUGUUUUCAUGGCGUGCAGAUUUAUCAAUGGUUUCUCCAUUGCCGGCGCUAUGGGUAUCUGCUUCCCGUACUUAGGAGAGUUCCAACAGACCAAAUACAGAGAGAAGAUUCUCUGCUGGAUGGAAAUGUUCUGGACUUUGGGUGUCAUUCUACUUCCAUUGUUCGCAUGGGCCAUCAUCCCGAUCCAAGGUAUUCGUAUUGAGAGCGGCAGCUUCUCGUAUGACUCAUGGAAUUGGUUUGUGGCGGCGUGCGCGGUGCCGUCCCUGCUGCUAGGCUUUUGGUUGCUCACCUUCCCCGAGAGUCCUAAGUUCAUGAUGGAGUGCGGAGACUACGAUGACGCGCUCGCCUGCCUUAAGAGUAUCUACAGACAGAACACCGGAGACGAUCCUGAUAACUAUCCGAUCAAGAGUCUUAAGGAGAAAGUGCGAACAAUUUCAGUGGCGUCGCAGAACUCUCAGAAAUCAGUGCGAUCUCUCAGCAUGCGCAAACCGAAAGACCUGAAACGGUUGUUCGGUGAGAUCUGGGUACAGACCAAAGCUUUAUGUCGACCUCCCUACCUCAAGUACACGAUCCUCACUUGCCUCAUUCAGUUUGGCUUAACUACGAGCUACUACACCCUGAUGAUCUGGUUCCCCGAGCUGUUUAACCGCUACGAGGAGUUCGAGCACCGGUUCCCGAACACAUCGGCGUCCGUUUGCGACGUGUCCGGAAUCGUAGUAGACGAGGCCGCCGCAGACCCCUUCGAUUGCGAGAAGAUCAUCGACCAGAGUGUGUACAUGCACACGCUCAUUGUCGGUCUCGCCUGCAUCCCUACCUCACUCUGGCUGCCACUCUGCGUCCACAAACUUGGAGCCAAGUUCUUCCUUAUUUUCAGUUUGGGCGUGGCGGCGCUGGUGACCUUCGGUCUGUACUUCGUGCAGAACUCCACACAGAACCUGGUGCUGUCGUGCAUCUUUGAAGCGCUCACCUCGCUUGCCAUCAGUCUUGUGUUCUGUGUGCUCGUCGACCUGUUCCCUACGAACCUUAGGGUAAUGGCGGCCGCGCUGUCGCUGACUGCGGGCAGAGGCGGCGGUCUAAUCGGCAACCUGUCCUUUGGGUACCUCAUCGACAUCAACUGCAUAGUGCCCAUUGUUGUCUUCUCAGCAUUCCUACUUAUUGCUGCCAUACUCUGCUUCUUCUUGCCAAAGACAGGUCAAGAAGCGCUGGAUUAGACUAGAAAGUGUCUGAACAUUAGAUAGUGCAAAUAGACUUUCAUCUAAGUGUUACGAUCAUGUGAUCCUACAGGAUGUAAAUAUUGAGGACUAAGUAAUGUUAUUUAUUGUUCAAAUUUAUUUAUUAUAGGCUGAGUGAGGCUCGUCAGGAUCGGGCGACGCGGUUACAAUGGUAUACUGCGGUUCAACAUUUAUAUCUUAUUUUGAUAAGAUUGAACUGCAGUAUUUGAAAGUUGACUGUGUUAAUGCCCUUAAAUUAUUGUUAUUAAAGGUUAUUUCACCUUAUU